AUUACCGGUCAAACAAAGCAUUGUUGCACGCUAGUUCUGUUGAGACAAAAGCGAAAAUAUGUCUGUGAGCGCGACAGCCAGAGUUUUUUCCGAUAGAGUUAAACAUUUAGAAGGUGAUGAUAAACGAAGAUACGUCGAAAAAUUAGAGACACUUGGCAUAGAGGAUCCGUUUUUAAUGCCGACUUCGAUGUUUUCACCAAUAAGAGAUUUGACUGUUAAUUCGCGUCCCAGUCUUGGACAACUGGAUAUACUCAUGUUUCUGCUGAAUAAGUCGUCGAUAUUUACACAAAAGAGUUUGAAAGCGUAUAAAACUCUGGAUGCAUACAAAUACUUUGAUGCUGGAUUGGUAAGAGAUGUUGUAUCCUGUAGAACAGAACGAAACAAGUCUCACCUUGUGAUGGCAAAGGUGCUCCAUUCUCAGGAACAAUCUGAACCACCUCUGCAUCCAUGGAUGGCAAUAGAUGAGGACGGCAGUAUUUUGUUUGCCCAUUGUACAUGCAUGGCAGGAUUGGAUGAAGUUUGUUCACAUGUGGCGGCUACCUGUUUUGCUGUUGAAGCAGAGAUUAGAAUUGCAAAUUCCACUUCUUGUGCUUCAGUUGCACCUUCUUGGCUUGAACCAUCAGUUAGUAUGCCAUUUGAAUAUGCUGAGACCAUUAAAAUAAACUUCACAAGUUCCCAGUGUAGGCAGAGCAAAGGUGUGGAUUAUAUGGAGGUGCCUCAGUCUGUGGUAUACAGAGAACUUGGACCACUCACAGCUGAUGACACCACUUCAUUUUAUCAACGACUGAAUGGCACUGGUGCUAAACUCCCUGUUCUCUCAGUACUGCCCGAGUUUUCGAAGAAUUACAUCCCGGAGGUUGUGUCGGUUCCUCUCUCCAGACCGUUGACUGACCUUUUUGAUGAAUCGUGGCUCCACGCCUCAUUUGAGGAUCUAUCUGUCCACUGCAUGGACGUAUAUAACAGUAUAUCCAUGUCACAAGAUGAGAUUAAUGGUGUUGAAUUCCACACAAGGAGACAGAGCCAGUCUGAUGCCUGGUUUUCUUUCAGUGCUGGGAGAAUUACUGCAUCUGUGUUGAGGGCAGUAACUCGCACCAGACCCGACAAACCAUCUGUUUCAUUGAUUGCUAAGAUCUGUUACCCAAAAAGUCACUCCUUUUCAACCAAAGCGACAAGAUGGGGUUGUAAACACGAGGAAACGGCUCGAACGGAAUAUGAGAAUCUAAUGGAAUCAAAGCACACUGGUUUCACAAUUCGAGAGUGUGGACUCUUCAUCGAUGCCACAUUCCCAUUCAUUGGUGCUUCCCCAUAUGCGUUGGUGACUUGUGAUUGUUGUGAGUCAUGGAUUUUGGAGAUCAAAUGCCCCUACUGCCAUAUAGAUCCGACGAUUGAGACAGCAACUGAGAACAGCGAUUUUUAUAUCCGAAAUGAAAGUGGGAAAUUGACACUGAAACAAGAUCAUGCAUAUUAUUUUCAGAUACAAUGUCAGCUUCAUGCCACUCAGAAGCAGUAUUGUGACUUUGUUGUCUGUACAAACAGUACAAUUUUUAUUGAAAGAAUUGAACCGGACACCAAUUUGUUCAGUGAAAUUGUAAAGAGUGCAGAAACAUUUUUCAAAUCAUGCAUUCUUCCAGAACUUGUGGCUAAAUACUUUACUCAAGAGAGGGCUUUGCCAAGUAUUACUGAUGAUGUCUGCUACUGUAAAGAAGCAGAUGAGAAAAAGACUUUGAUAAUUUGUUCUUCUGACACAUGUACUGUCAAAUAUUUUCAUCAAGAAUGUCUGGGAUUGACAUCAGGUUCCAAAAAUUGGAAGUGCUCAGGAUGCAAAAAAUUGGAGAGAUUCCAAAAAGACCAAUUAAGCAAAUAUGACGACUAGUGUUAUCUUUUUUUUUUUAAUUAUUUAUUUUUAAAAUUUCUGAGGCCCCGUAGCUCAGUGGUUAGAGCACUGGUUUGGUAAACCAGGGGUUGUGGGUUCGUAUCCCACUGGGGCCUUUACUCCCUGAGAAGGGUUGCGUCAGGAAGGGCAUCUGGUAUAAAAAUUGUGCCAAACAUAAAUAUGCGUUCAUCUGAGAUGAUACGCUGUGGUAACCCUGAAACGGAUAAGCCGAAAGAAAUACACCCAUUUAUUUUUAAAAUUUCUGUUACUCUGUUAUUCACACCCGGUAUAUCUGCCAAGGUGGGUUGUGGGAACUUUUGUGUUUUUGGUGACAGGUUGUCUUGUAAACUUUGGAGCCAUACUUUCAACAGGCUAUCUGCUAAAAAACUAAGUUUCUUUUGGCUUGUCCCGUUGGGGGUAGCCACAGCGUGAAAUCUCAGAUGAAUGCUCAUAUUUGUUUGGCACAGUUUUCACACCAGAUGCCCUUCCUGACGCAACUGCUCUUGAGUAGAGGCCCCAGUGAGAUACAAACUCACAACCCCUGAUUCACCUAACCAAUGCUCUAACCGCUGAGCUAUGGGGUCUCCUUCCACCAGACUGUUUGCUCCUGGUUUAUAAUUAAGAAGUUUCGUGUCAUGUUAGAGCAAAUGUUUUUGUAAGUGAUUUAUCAUUUAUUUGGUUUUUGAGUAUCUAUAAAUCCUUGUAAGUGAUGCAAACAUUUGACAAUGUAUCGGUUCCUGCUGUAUUACUAAGAUUGAGUUCUUUUUUGUAUUAGUUCACCUAUCUGUGAUUUUGUGGAAAAAUGAAUUCUCAUACUGCAGGUAUUCCUGACCCCGAAUGCCAUAACUAGUAUCUGUAUUAUUGUUUUAUCAUAAUUCACACUUCGACAAAUAAUGCAGUCAGAUAUGUGACAAAAUGUUGCUGGUGAUUACAUUCAUUGCACUUUCUUGACACCUGCUUACUGUAAAAUCCCAAUCGGAUGGUCCAUUGGGGCUGAAACAUUACAAAGAGCACUCGCUACUCUAACUGUCCUAUCCAGUGUUGUGUAAAAUCCAUAUUUUUUCAAAUAUGCUAUGGGUAUGGUAGAUUCCAGAAUGGAAUGCACACAAGGUCUAUACAGUAUAUAUGCAUCCAUCCAUUUAUUUUCGUUGCUGAUUAUCCUCACAAGGGUUGUGGGGAGUGCUGGAGCCUAUCCCAGUUGUCAACGGGCGAGACGCAGGGUACACCCUGAAUUGGGUGCCAGCCAAUCCAGGGCACAUAGAGACAGUCACACCUAGGGGCAAUUUAGAGUGUCCAAUUAAUGCUGCAUGUUUUUGGAAUGUGGGAGGAAACCCACACAGGCACGGGAGACCAUUCAAACUCCACGCAGCCAGGUCCAGGAUUGAACCCGGGACCUCAGAACUGUGAACAGAACACUUCACCAGCUGAUCCACCGUGCCGCCACAGUAUAUAUAUUUUACCCCAAAAUCAAAUUGUACUAUUAUGGUACCAAUAAAUUAUUUUAAAUUAUUAUUCAUUCAUCAUCAUUCAUCUCGAGAGUAGAUUAAGGGGGGGAAUAACAAUUACAGUGUACGCAAAUGUAGUUUCAAAAUUAUUCCAUCAGAUGUCACUGCAUAAUCAUUUAUUUCCGUGGUAGCGGCCUGUUUCUUGUUUCUGUCAUCUAUUCAUGCAUGUAAUAAAAAAAAAAAUAACAGUGAAGAAAACAUGCAUAUUUUACCAUUUAACACAUAUUUUACACCGUAUUGCAUCAUUGUAGGUACACAAAAACAUCUAUUGCGUUAUGUGUAUAAAUGUGAAGUGAAGUGGCAACAAAGACAAGGCCAUUCAUAGAUCUGCGUGGAUGUUUUAAAGGGGGUUUUCUGAAAGUAUUACAAGUACAAUAAUGUUGUCUGGCAGCACAUCCGCAUCCCAGUUCUGACGACUGGGGUUCAAACCCCGGCCGACCUGUGUGGAGUUUACAUGUUCUCCCUGCGCGUGCGUUGGUUUUCCCCGGGCACUCCAGUUUCCUUUCACAUCCCCGAAACAUGCAUAGUAGGUUAAUUGAAGACUCUAAAUUGCACGUGAGCGUGAAUGAGCGUGUUCAAUGUGCUCUGAGAUUGACAGCUGGAAUAGGCUCCAGCACUCUCGUGACCCUUGUGAGGGUAAAUAGCUCAGAAAAUGGAUGGAUGGAUAAAACACUAAUUUAUGCAUAUGUUGUAAGAUUUUUGUCUUUUGUUUUUUUGGUCAAUGUUCCGUGAUGUAUGGGAACGCUAUUAUACCAAACCAACGAUUCUGGAAGUACUAGAAGUGGAAUACGAGAAGUUAUGUCUUCCAGCUCACAACAGUACUUGGUGAAAUCAGUUAAUGCGGUUCCCAGGUGACUUGAGAAACUGCUGGCUAAUGCUGGCACCGGUAUCGUAUUUUAAA